AUGGCGGAAUAUGAAGCCUGCAUCAUGGGUCUAGAAGAAGCCAUUGAUCUUAGAAUAAAAAAUCUCGAUGUUUAUGGAAACUCAGCUCUAGUUGUCAAUCAAAUUAAAGGAGAAUGGGAAACUCGUCAACCCGGCCUAAUCCCAUACAAAGACUAUGCAAGGAGGUUAUCUACUUUCUUCAACAAUAUUGAAUUUCAUCACAUCCCUCGUGAGGAAAAUCAGAUGGCAGAUGCCUUGGCAACUUUGGCUUCCAUGAUCAUUGUGAAUCAUUGGAAUGAUGUGCUUAAGAUCGAUCUUAUGCGUCUUGAUAGACCUGCUCAUGUAUUUGCAAUGGAAGAAGUCCCUGAUGACAAGUCGUGGUACCAUGACAUCAAGUGUUAUCUCCAGAGUCAAGAAUACCCACCUAGGGCAUCAAACAAAGAUAAGAAGACCUUGAGAAGACUAGCUAAUAAAUUCUUUCUAAAUAAAGAAGUGCUAUACAAGAGAAACUUGACAUGGUUCUGUCAGAUGCGUGGAUAA